AUGUGGCUGGCCAUGCUGAAUAGGCUAAAAACACAAAACAGGUUGAUCAAAUUUGGCGUUAAGGUAAAUGGAACUUGCUGCCUAUGUGAUGUUCAUCCUGAAAAUUGUCAACACUUGUUCUUUGAUUGCAAGAUUGAUAGACACUGCCUGCUGGAGGUGAAGAAUUGGCUGAACUGGCAUGCCCAAACCAGCAAUCUCCCUCAACUGAUCAGGUGGAUCGGGAAAGCAAGGAUCUCGAAAUUCAAGAAAAAAGUAUUAGCUGCUGCAACUGCAGCCUUGGUGUACAGCUUGUGGAAGUCCAAGAUUGCUGUGAUUUGGAAAAAGUCUUUGAUUAAUCCUGCUAGAAUAAUUGAAGACAUAAAAGGCACUCUAAAGAUCCAGAUUGCUAUGUUCAUGCCUAGGAAAGUCAAGAAUAUUAAUAGAGAUUGGGUUUUUGCUUUAUAA